AUGAUCGUCAAAGUCGCUUCUCUCGUCCUUGCGGCAUCGAGCAUUCAGGCAACACCUCAAGGCCUACGUUCUCGUGACAAUGCACCCGGAAAUACCUUCUCGGUCAACCAAGUCGCCAAUCCAGGCUACAAUGGCUAUGUAGCCACGGGGCAGUCGGCGUUGGUGAAGGCUUAUGCGAAGUACGGCAAACAACUGCCCGCCUCCAUCAAAAGCGCGGCCACGAAGGUUGCGGCCAUUUUCCAGAACCAAGGCUCCGUCGCCACACAGCCAGAAGUCUACGACUCCGAAUACCUCUGCUCCGUCGCCAUAGGCACACCACCGCAGAGCCUGUUCCUAGACUUCGAUACCGGGUCCGCAGAUCUCUGGGUCUUCUCCACGGAAACCAACACCACCCAAGUCAACCGGCAAACCCUCUACAACCCCUCCACAAGCAAGACCUCCUCUUCCCUCGCAGGGAGCACCUGGUCCAUCGUCUACGGCGACGGCAGCUCCUCCACCGGCGACGUCUGGCUCGACAGCGUCAACGUCGGCGGCGUCGUGGUCCCGCACCAAGCCGUCGAGAACGCCCGCCAAGUGUCCGCGACCUUCACACAGGACUCCGCGUCCUCAGGCCUCCUAGGCCUAGGUUUCAGCAAGCUGAACACGGUGCGUCCCAACACCCAGCAGACGUUCUUCGACAACGUCAAGGGACUGCUGAAGGCCGGCGUCAUCGGCGUCGACCUCAAAGCCGGCGCGUUCGGAACCUACGACUUCGGCUUCAUCGACGGGGCCAAAAAGUCCGGCGACGUGACGUACACGCCUCUGAACAGCACUCAGGGCUUCUGGGGCAUCGAAGCGAGUGGCUACGCAAUCGGUAACUCCACCACCACCACCAAGGCCCCCACCCCCGGCAUCGUCGACACAGGCACAACCCUCCUCCUCCUCCCCGACGCCCUUGUGGAGGACUACUACGCCGGCGUCCCCAAUUCCACCUACUCCGUCUCCGAAGCCGGCUGGAUCUUUGACUGCAACGAAGUGUCUCCGCCGCCACCACCAGACUUCUCCCUCGUGAUCAACGGCUACCGCGCGCGCGUGCCGGGGAGCUACCUCAACUAUGCGCCUUCGCAGACGAGGGACGGGUAUUGUUUCGGCGGGAUCCAGUCGAGCGCGGAGCUGGGCGUGAAUAUUUUCGGGGACGUGUUUCUGAAGAGUCAGUUUGUGGUUUUGGAUGGGGAGGAGGGGAGGGUGGGGUUUGCGGCGAAGAGGUUGGGUUAG